AUGGUACGACAAGCAUCAUUUAUUGUUUUUAUUCUUAUAACAACUUUAUUCGUGCUUUUCGACAAAGCCAAUUGUAAAUCCGGUGGUGGCCAUUAUUCAUCACAACGUUCGCUUGGCACUGGAUCGUCUGGCGGAUAUGGUAUGUCCGUUGGAAAUCAACAGAAUUUUUGGGGUAAUUCAUGGUUCCCUCAGGAUAUGAAUGCUUGGUAUGAUUACGCUCUUAAUGACUCGGAUUCAAUUCCUGAUGAACAACGUUUAAUGGCACAACUAUUAAGAAAUUAUGAUCCAUCAGCAAGACCUGUAUAUAAUGCAUCAAAUACAGUCAAUGUUGCUUUUGGCAUUGCUUUGGCUCAACUAAGCGAUAUGGAUGAAAAAAAUCAAGAAUGGUAUGAUGAACGUUUAGUAUGGAAUGCAUCUGAUUUUAAUGGUUUAGUAACUCUUCGUUUACCAUGUUCAAAAAUUUGGUUACCAGAUAUUGUUUUAUAUAAUUCAGCUGAUGAUUAUACACAAGGUUAUUAUCAAAGUAAAGCUAUGGUCGAUAGUAAUGGACAUGUUUUUUGGCCACCACCAGCUAAAUUUCGAUCAUCAUGUAAAAUUGAUGUGACUUUUUUCCCAUUUGAUGAUCAAUUAUGUAAACUAAAAUUUGGUUCAUGGACAUACGAUGCAGCUCAAGUUAAUUUAACUAAACGACGUGAUCAUGUUGAUAUGACAAAUUAUAUACGUUCGGGUGAAUGGCAUAUUGUUCAUAUCGAAAUAAAGCGUAAUGAUGUUACUUAUCCAUGUUGUCCCGAAAUCUAUUAUCCUGAUGUAACAAUUUAUGUUCAUAUCCGUCGUCGUGUAUUAUAUUAUCUAUUUAAUAUAAUAUUUCCUUGUAUAUGGCUUUCAAUUCUUUCAUUGCUCGGAUUUUGGCUUCCACCAGAUUCGGGAGAAAAGAUUACACUUGGUAUAACUGUACUUCUUGCUUUUUCUGUUUUUAUGUUAUUAAUUGCUGAAUCAAUGCCAGCAACAAGUGAAAUGGUUCCACUUAUAGAGAUCUAUUUAACCAUUGUUAUGGCACUUACAUCAUUAUCAAUUGUACUUACUGUUUAUGUACUUCAGUUACAUCAUUCGGGUCCUGUUGUUAUUCCUAUUCCAUAUUCAUUUAAAUAUUCAUUAGUUCGACAUGUAGCACCUGUGAUUGGAAUGAAAAAAAUUGUUGAAAUUUAUGCACAAGAACAUCAUUUAAUUGAAACAGAUGAAGUUUAUCGAUGUUUUGCUAAACCACAAACAACACCAAUCGAUAGUCCAUUAAUUAAAAAUAAAAAGAAUGUUAUUUUUGAAAAAAAGAAUAUCAAACAUCGACAAAACGAUUCUUAUCGAAAAGAACCUCAAUAUAAUGAUAAAAAUAAUGAUGAUGAUGACGAUGAUGAGGAUGAUGAUGAUAAAGAAAUAAUGAAACGAUUCUUAGCCAAUUCAUCAUCAUGUAAUGGUGAUAUUCGUUCAAUAUCACCAUGUAAUAAACGUUCUUCUAAUCAACAUCAUCAUCGUUCUCGUUCACGUGUUCCUCAAAUAGUUCUUAUCCCUCAACAAUCUCAUCCAUUAUCAUUAUCACCAAGAAAUCUUAAUAAAAAUACACAAUAUGAAUAUUUUAAUUCUAAUAUGUCUUUACUUGAAAAACAUUUAAAACAUUUAAUGGAUAAACAAAAACAUGAAGAAGACAGAAAUGAAAUAAUUAAUGAAUGGAAAUUAAUGGCACUUAUUAUGGAUAGAUUAUUAUUUUGGCUUUUUGCAAGUUUAACUAUUUUAAGUACAGUUUUAUGUUUAAUCAUAAUUCCAUGUUUGAAAAACGCUGGAUAUAUAUCAGCAUUAGCUAAAGAUUUAAUUAUGGAUUAUAAACCAACAGAAACAUUAAGAAAUAUUGUUGAAGAACAAAUAAAAACAAAUCUUACAGGAACAUUACGAUGA